UUUUGAUCAUCAAAUUAAGUUUUGUUUUUUAGACUAAUUCUUAGUAUUAACAAUAUUGGUAAAUAAAAUCUUUAAGAAUUGUUUGACUGCCUAAUUAAAUAACUUAAUUAAAUAAAGAUAUCAUGUCAGAUGAUGUACUUGAAAUAUUUAGUUUGGGUAUUGGAGGCAGCAUAUAUGACACAACUAAAGAACAUCCAAGACUUGGUGAAUACAAGGGCAGAUUUUUUAAGUCAGGAGAACAACAAAAUCGAAGAAGAGAAUAUUUAGAACAACAAAAAAAAAACCGGUUUGAUGCAGUCAGCUAUGCUAGAAAACUUGCUGAUGGCGACCUCAAUGAAGAAGAUUUCACUCAAGCAACUAUGGAAGUUGAAGAAUUCAGUAAAUGUGAAAAACAAAAAAAUAAAAAAAGAUUUAAUCCAUACAAAAACCAGUUAAUGUUAUCAGAGUGGCUUGUAGAUGCCCCUCCUGAUUUAGAGAGUGACUGGAUAAUGAUGCUAUCUCCUGUUGGCAAGCGAGUUCUUAUUGUUGCACAUAAAGGUUCAACAAGUGCAUAUUCAAAAAAUGGCUAUUGCUUAAACAAAUUUCCAUCUCUUCUUCCAGGUGGCUCAUUUAAAUCUUGGCAUAGUUCAGCAAAACAAUCAUUUACACUAUUGGACUGCAUCUAUGAUGAGGUGAAUCGCACUUUUUGGAUUCUUGAUUUAAUGUUUUAUAAAGGAGUUUGUUUCUACGAAAGUGAGAAAGACUUUCGUCUAUUCUGGAUAACUACCAUGUUGCUUGAAGAUUCUGAAGAUUUGAAUCAGAAUACAGAAGCAAAUCCAUUUAAGUUUCUUCCGUGUCCGCAUGUUUCAUGUUCUGAAACAAAUAUUUUUAACAUACUUGCAAAACCUCAUGAUUUUCAGAUAGAUGGCGUGCUAUUUUAUCAUCGACUAUCACAAUAUAGACCUGGAAGAAAUCCUUUAGUCGGUUGGCUAAAACCAUAUAUGAUACCUGAUAUUUUAGGUAUUGAAGUACCUGUUAUUAAUACUAAUGAUGCUCCCGUUGAAUUUAACCGUGAUGCUUUAAUGGAAGCCAAUAAAAAGUUACAAAAAACCAUGAAGGAUACAUCUUUUGUCGUUUCUAAGUCACCAAAGUCUGACAUUUCAAUGAAAUAAUUGUUGCACGGAGGUUUAUUUUUUGACGUACAACGUCAUGUACGAUAUGCUUAUACGUCAGGUAUACAAUAGAAUGCAUUCAACUAAAAUGUAUUAAUCAGAAUCAAGUUGCUUGUUUUUGUAGACGUCGUCAAGCUGCAGAAAAAAAUUAGUUUGUUGUGCGAGGAUUUCUUAAAUUCUAUUA